AUGGAUCAAUAUGCAGGUAAGGGCGUCUCGUCCACUGUGGUUGGCAAUGGAACUUACGGUCAAACUAUUGGUCAAGUUGACUCAUUUGGAAAUGUAACUUCAACACAAAUCGGAAACGGAACUUAUGGUCAAACCAUUGGUCAAGUUGACUCAUUUGGAAAUGUAACUUCAACACAAAUCGGAAACGGAACUUAUGGUCAAACCAUUGGCAGAAUUAAUCCAUUUUAA